CCUGCUGCAGCCGCUGAGAUGGCGGAUGGCGGGCUCUCUCUGAAGGGGCUCCGGGCCCAGCGCGUUGCUGCAGCACAAGCCCAAGCAGAGGAAAGGAGAAGCCAAAGUGUAAAUAGUCCUGUUUCCUCUGAUCCACCACCAGUCAUUACAAAGGCACCAACCAAACCAGUAAUAGACGGCUCCACUCUGAAGACAGUUGAAAGGCAGCGACUCGCCAAGGAGCGGCGAGAAGAAAGGGAGAAAGAAUUUGCUGCAAAAGAACUUUACAUGCUAGAAAAAGAAAAGAAAAUACGACUCCAGUAUGAGAAACAAAUGGAAGAACGUCAGAGGAAACUGCAGGAGCAACGGCAGAAGGAGCAGCAGAAGAGAGUUGCGGUGGAAGAGAAACGAAGACAAAAACAGGAGGAAGAAAAGGAGCACUACGAAGCUGUGAUGCGACGCACCUUGGAAAGGAGCCAGCGCUUGGAGCAAAGGCAAAAAAGAUGGUCGUGGGGAGGAGCUGUAGCAACUGAGAAGGAAAGCUCGAAUGGUGUUCCUGAACAUUCCUUAACUCCACCUUUAAACUUGCCCGACUGCCCCCCUCCUUCCUCAGGCUCCCAGGCUUCCACUGAAGAUGGUUCUGUUGUAGACAAGCGCUCUACAUCCACCAGCAGCCUCACAAAACAGGCACAGCCUGAGAUAAGCAAGCGUCUGUCUUCAUCUUCGACAGCACUUCCACACUCUCCUGACAAAAGUGCGCCUUUGAAGAAAAGAAGUGCUUCAUUAAACCGAUUGGGUAGUAAAACCUCUCAACCAGAGCAGAGUGUCUCCCAGGUGGAACAAGCAGCUCGGCGUUCCCAGAACAGUCCCCUGGAGAGUAACAUCAUCAGCCGUCUGCUAACCCCCACACAGUCCUCUUUAGCUAGGAGCAAGAGUGCUGCUGCUAUAUCAGAAGCUGGACAAAGUUCUGCAGAGUCUCAUCUCUGUCCUCGUUCAGCUUCAGCUAGACCCGUCAACCCCCCAAACAAGCCUCUGCGUAGCCGGAGCACGGACCGACAGAACCCUGUGUCUGAAGCCUCUGCCAAAGACACUAUGUCAGUCGAAGCCUCUCAGAAACCGACUAAGGAUAAACGUCCUUCAUUUCCUGCGUCGUCAAACCGUAGACGCUCACCCUCACCAGUUUUGGUAAAGAGACCCCCAUCACCGUCAAACUCAGGGGCUCGGCGACCCCCAUCACCGUCAAACUCAGGGGCUCGGCGACCCCCAUCACCGUCAAACUCAGGGGCCCGGCGACCCCCAUCACCGUCAAACUCAGGGGCCCGGCGACCCCCAUCACCGUCAAACUCAGGGGCCCGGCGACCCCCAUCACCGUCGAACUUAGCGACAAAAAGAUCAACAUCACCUUCAACAACCAAAUUCAAGCAGCACCCUGCAUCCCCUCCAUCAGCCCAAAAGCCUCUACCUAUCCACCGACCUCCAGUUGCUACCUCUAGUGUGACUGCAUCCAAAAAGAAAAUUGAAAAGGAAGGAAAACCAAAGUCCUUACCGGAGGUUGGGGGUCAGGAGCACGAAAUUCGGCACGUGUCGGAAAAAGAGUCCUCAGCAAAGUCAUCGAACAAAACCAAAGAAACUGAUCAGAAACCAGGGACCACAUCUGCUGAGGAAGCUGCGAGAAUCUUAGCUGAGAACCGGCGUCUAGCUCGUGAACAGAAGGAGCGUGAGGAGCAGGAGAGACUUCAGUUACAAGAAGCUGAGAGGGUCAGAAAAGAAGAGCAAAAGAAGAGAGAAGCUGAAGAGAGGGCUCACAGGGAAGCAGAAGCCUAUCUGCUACAAGAGCAGAGAAAACUGAUAGAAGAGCAAACUCGGAGAAAAGCUGAAGAGGAAAGGAUUUGUAGAGAGGAAGAAGAGAGAGAGCGUCUCUUGGAUCUGCAGCUCCAGAGAGAAAAGGCAGAAGCAAAAGCUUUGGAAGAAGCUAAUCGGCAGAGGCUGGAGCGAGAACGGAUCACCCAGCAGAAUGAGCAGGAACGGCGUAAGAGGAAGCAGAGAAUUGCAGAGGUUAUGAAGAGAGUAAGGGGGCCAGGCCAAGACGACUCGAAGAUGGAAGGAAGAUCCGAUAAUGCUGCCGCUGAGGAGAGCAGUGAGGAUGAACACAAGUACGAGGAUGCAGAUGAAAUAGAUAGCACCGACGGAAUUGAUGAGCUUCAAGAGAUUGGCCAAGAAAAUGCCGAGUUGUCGGAUGGAGCCGUCUCCGAUGAGAUAGCGGAGCUGAAUGGUGUUGAUGCGAUGAAUAUCACCAGCGAUCAUUUGAACAAAGACCAGACAGUGGAUAUGAGCCCCAUACCAAAGGAAGACUGUGUUGUAUCUGAACUCUUGCAUGUAAAUGAAGUGGAUCGAAGUGUUGGGCAUCACAAUGGCAAAGCAAGUACAUGGAUCCUCAAGGAUUAUAUUGGACUUGAUGUUUGUUCAAAGGCCACCAAAUUAGCAGUCACUCCCUGCAGUGCUGAUGCCUGUAACCAACACUUGAUUGAUAUUGCUGGCAUCUCGGAGAGCCAUAUCAGUGCACUUGAAGGAAAUGGAGGCAGAAUGACAUCCUUGGCCGCACCUAUUGAGGAAACAUCAGGACUCUAAACCGCUUGAUCCUGAACAUCACUUGUGAUUGCACGUGUAUAAUCAGUGUUUUUACUCCGUGCUGAAAGCCUUGUUACAUGAAGCUGCUUCUCUGGAGUUUGCUCCUCUUUCCCAGAAGAAUUAACAAGAUCGUAACAAAGGUGGCAUGUGCAAUGUCACAGAGAUGCUCAUUUGCACCGUUCAACAUUUCAGGGGCAUGUUCCUUGACUGCAUUGUUUUAUUUUUCUCAGUGACUGAUGUUCUUUUGAUUUUGUUGGACUGGGGUGUACAAAGUUAAAAAUCAUGCAGCACCAGGUUAUAGUCUAACAGGUUCAUUCGGAAGCACUAGC